AUGAAGCUCCUCGACGCAUCGAUCAAGGCGCUUGAAAUAGCAAAGCUCGCAACAGCCGAAAUUCCCAUCCCGGGGCUCAGCUCCGCCCUCGAAUGCGCACUCAGUAUCGCGAAAAAGGCGAAGUUCAUCCAGGAGAUCGAAGACACUCAAGAUGACUGCCGAGCUCUCGCCGAGCGUGCCGCAACUAUCAUUCUGGCGACAUACCAACAGCUCCAGACCGGUAGUGGCUCGGACACAGGGGUAAAAGAGCAUGUCACGGCUUUGCUUCAGCACUUGCAAGAUAUCGAGAACUUGAUCGACCGCUGCCUACGAAGAGGAAAGCGGAAGCGUCUUCUACUCAUGGUCAAGCACAGGAAGAUCGCCGACGAGGUUAAGACACUGACCAUGAAACUUGAGGACUCCUUCCGCACUUUCAUGAUCCAGGCUGCGCUCUCCAUUGACCAGAGCAUGGACACACUGACGAGCGGGAACCUCCGGAUGCUGCAACACAUCGACGACUCGGCACGUGUUGGAGAAGUUGUCCUUGGAGAUACCAGAGCGAUCCGCACUGGCCUUUCAAACCUUGCGUAUCGUGUCGAAGGGAACGCGUCAUUCGAUGGAAAUUUCCGGCUCUUUGCUCGCGAAAAUCUCGCAUUUCUGCAGCCCAUCGUCGACCCGGACAAGCUACGUCAUAUGGCUACGCAGCACGGAGGCGAACCCGUCCUCGUUCAAGCAACUGCUCAGCCACGGAUCGGACGUGUCUUCAGGUACCGCGCGAUGUUGAAAGCCGCCGGCGAAAUGUCCGGAACGCAGGUUGUGGUAUACACAUAUCCCAGCCACGACGACCAGCGAUUCGUGGUAGCUCUCAAAUCCGCUAAGCAAAUAUGCCAUCCGUACGUUUUGACUGUAUUAGGAUACUCCCGUCCAGGUAGUCCAGGCGAGGCUGCAUACAUCGUGACAGAAGACUAUCUUCCGUGCACGGAAUAUAUAGAUGCCUUGCGUGGAACCGACAAGUUGCGAGCGUUCCUGAAGAUGAGGGUGGAGAUAUGUAAACGAUGGAACAUCGUCAAUCAAGUCCAACAUACCGACAUCGGGAUAUCAGUACAGAUCAUGCCUUCGGAGUGGACGACCUCGUGA